AUGUCCGCCUUCCUCCUCGAAGUAGAACCGGCGGCUGGCCUGCCGACGACCCUGGGCUUGUCGGUGACGGAGACGACGUCGACCAGCGUGACGCUGACAUGGGACUUGCUCGGCCCUGACCCUGUCCUCUUCUACGUCAUCCAGUACAAGCUGCAAUCGUCGGAGGGCCCCUUCCGGGAGACGGACGCCGUGCCCGACACGCAGCACACGCUCGCGGGCCUGGAGCCCGACUCGAUGUACGAGCUGCGGGUGCUGGCGGUGACCGGGAUGGGGCGCGGGCCGCCCAGCCCGCCGGCAUUGGCGCGCACCGGCGAACAGGCGCCGUCGGGCCCGCCGCGCAACGUGCACGCGUACAUGCUGGGCCGCACCCCCAUCCUGCUGAUAGCGUGGCGCCAGCCCAAGGUGCCCAACGGGGUGAUCCGUGGCUACCGCGUCUACUGCGCCGUCGAACCCGUGCGGCCCGAGAGCACCUGGCUGGAGAGCGUCGUCGGCGGCGAUGACUUUUUCGCCUUGUUGGGCGGCCUGGCGCCCAACACACCGCACGUGCUUCGCAUGCUCGCCUUCACGUCCGCUGGCGACGGGCCCUUGUCCGACAAGAUCUACGUCGAGACCACCGUCGCAGCUCCUCCUGUCCAGCCGGUGAAGCUGACAGCAGAAGCGGUGUCCGAAUCGAGCAUUCUGUUACGCUGGACCCCUCCGCACCACGGCGCCGUCGCCAGCUACGAGCUCUACGUCCGCCACGGGGGGGACAACAGCAACGACAAGGAGGAGGAGGAGGUGGUGACGCUGGAGCCUUCCGCCGUGACGUUCCUGCUCGAGCGCCUGCAGCCCGACACCGUCUACCGCUUCCAGCUGUCGGCGCGCUCCCGCGCCGGGCUGGGCCCCGCCACCUUCACGGUCACGGAGCGCACCAAGCAGUCAGCCCCCUCGGCACCCCCACAAAACACGUCGUGCGUCUCCCUGAGCCCCGGCAGCGUGCUGGUCAGCUGGGAGCCGCCGCCCGCACACGGCCGGCACGGCACCAUCACGGGCUACACGGUCGCCUACAGGAAGCUGCCGCCCGGCCAAGGCGCGGCGCACACGCCGCUGCAGCCCGCGGAGCGGAGGAGCGUGACGCUGCGCGGGCUGAGCGAGCGGGCCCCGUACGAGGUGACGGUGCGGGCACACACGGCGGUCGGCCCGGGGCCCGCGUCGCCGCCCGUCCAGGCGGGCGCACUCGAGGACGGUGCGUAG